AUGGCACAAGAAGAAGAGCCGCUGUAUGAUUUCCCAGAGCCCGCACAGCCAUCAGAGCGCAAGUUCGCAGGUCAUCAAAGAGGACGGGGCUCUCUGAAAAGCAUCAGCAUACUGGACCGUCUCCUGCUCACAGUUCCUGUCUGGCUUCAGCUGUCCAUCAACCCUGCCACCGCACUGCACAUACUGCAGAGGGAGCCUCCUGGGACCUUCCUGGUGCGCAAGUCUCGCACGUCCAAGAGAAGCGUGCUGUGUGUUCGCUUGGCAGAUGACAGCGUGCCAUCCUUCGUUCAGCAGUUUGGCAUUAGGGAGGAACACGCCAGCAAGACUCUGUCUCUGGAGACUUCGGCCAUCAGCUUUCCAGAUCUCCCAAGACUAAUUUCUUUCUACUGUGUCAGCAGGGAUGUGUUGUGCUUCCCUCUGGAGCUUCCUGAAGCCAUUGCAAAGGCAACAUCCCACAAAGAGCUGGAGUCCAUCUCACACAUGGGAAUAGAAUUCUGGAAUUCCCACCUAAAUGUCCGAGGGCCACGGGAGGCACCUAAACCCCAGAAGGACAAGGAGAGGCCAGACGCUGCACCCCCAACCCGGUCCACUGCCGCCCCACAGACAAGCUCCGCAGCUCAGCUCAAUUCAGCUCCCCAGCCCAAAUCAGACAACCAGCACAAGGCCGCGGCUGAAUCGGACACCGCCACCAAACAAGCGGGCUCCAGUCCCACCCUGUUCCAUGAGUUUUGUCCAAUCACGACACGCAGUCCCAGCCAGCUGGACUGCGGCUCUGGUCAGGGCGCUCUCUGUUUCAUCAACCCCCUUUUCCUGCAGAACCAGAGCCGUUUGUCCAGACAGCGCAUGCUCAAACGCAGCCUCAAGGUUCGGGUUUCCAUGGAGUCGUCAACCCUGCUGUCGCCCCCGCUCCUUCCUCCUCCUCCACCUCCUCUAAUGCCCAAAACCAGAGGAAAAUGUAAAGCACGGAAACAAGGACAAGAAGCCACUCAUCCUAAUGAAGGUCUUUUACAAGGUGAGAACCCUCCGGUCGCCCCCAGUGAGGCCCAGGUUCAGCCUCCAUCAGCAACUCCUCAGCUGCAGGAGGAGUGCCGGUCACAGAUGGAGGCUGGAGUCGGAGGAGAGGAGGCUACAGCUCAGCUCCCAACAGAGCUGGAGGAUCUUCCAGACGACUCACACUACAUGCAGCCCUCUACAGUGAUCAAUUCCUCCCUUUCUCCCUCACUCUCUCCUUACAUCUUCCCACCCAUUUUUCCCCUGGCGCCUCCCCUCCUCCCCAAAGCAUCUCCAUUCAUCUCUCCUCACGACUCUCCCGAUGCUUCUCCCUCUCUCUCACCUUAUCAAUCGCCAUGUCUUUCUCCCAGGGCUCCUCUUUCCCUCUCUCCGUAUGACUCACCCAUCGCUUCACCCUCUCUUUCACCUUACCAGUCCCCGUCUCCUUCCCCUAAGAUCCCCUUCUCGCUCUCUCCCUUCACCUCUCCAUCCUUCCCUCAGCUGGCGGAGCAGGUCUAUGACACACCUGCUCCUCCUUUACGAGCAGAUGAGACACAAUCAGAGAGAGAGGCUGAGGAGGAGGAGGAGGAGGAGGAGGAGGAGGGAGCAAGUGCUGAGAAUGAUGAGACAAAUGAGGAACUGCUCAAAGAGAGGAAAGAGCAGGAAAGAGGUUUGGUUUCACAGAUGAACGCUGCUACUCUAAAUGACUCCGACAGCUGCAGUUCCUUCAGCAGUCUGGAGGGGGCAGCAGAAACUCCACCGCCGCUUCCCCCAAAACAGGUCAACGGUACGAGCCUCUAACGAACAAACAGGUUAGACUGUAACUGAAUUACAUUAUGUUCCCUUGUAACGGAGAACUGUGUGGAAUUACUAAGAUGUGGUGACAGCAUCCCAGGGUCUCACCCCGAAAUUACUUUUAGAAUAGAUCAAAAAUUUUAAGUGUUACAAAACCAAAAAUUGUAAAUGACAAUACUGAUAGUUCUGUAUGUUUUAACUGCAUAUUGUGUUCCCUUUUUUUUAUUGUGCCAAUGAUUUUUAAAGCAUGCCCCAACGUCUCUUUCUGAUUUCCUACCUGACAGGGAGCCAUUUUUUCUUUUGCUGUAUUUUCUGAGUAUUAAAUUAAACUCUUGAAACUU